UCAGACGCAGCUGGCCAAGCUAAUGUCCAACCAACCACCAGCAGCACUACAGAGCCUAUCAGGACCGCCCCGGCGGACGGCAUCCCGGAAAUCAAGAUCGACGAGCCCAUGAACAAUGAGACGGUCUCCGUGGGUGACAAAGUCACGCUGCUCUGCCGCAUCCGGGGGUUCCCACAGCCAACCUACUGGUGGUAUCACAAAGACGCCUACAUGAUGGACGAUGUCGGCAGAGUGACCAUACGGACCUAUCCGUGGGGUUCUAAACUCAUGAUUAAAAAUGUGGAUACGCUGGACGCAGGAUAUUAUAAGUGUAUUGCGCAGAACGACGCGGGAUCUAAAACCACCACGGGUCUGGUUGCUAUAUUGCCAGGACCAUUUAGUGAAGGAAGUGAUAGUGAUUACAGUGCCAACACAGACAACGCGCGAUGCGAGCCCUACCGCGGUUCAGUCUGCCGUCGUCACAUCGUCAGCAGCAGUGUGUACAUGCACGCCGACACCACACAGGAAGAGACCGAGCAGGAACUCCAAGCAGCCCUGACCCGUCUUGAAUCCCUCCCUAGUCUGACCGAGACCUGCAGCCGCUACAUCAUGCCGUCGAUUUGCCUCACUGCCUUCCCGCUUUGUAGCGAGACUCCGGAACUCUCGGUUCACCAGCUCUGUCGGGACGAGUGCCAGUUAUUGGAGACGGAUAUCUGCGCGCCGCUGUACGAUCACGUAGACUCACAGGUGGAGCUGGAUUUGGUCGGCGUCUUGCCGGUGUGCUCGGACCUGCCGCGGCUGGGCAGUCCAGACAGUCAGAUGUGCAUGAGACUCGGAAUGUCCAACUCCGGAGAUGCCACGUUAUCACCAAUCCAAAGACCAAGUGGGGACUACAUCAGUCUGGAGCGACCAAUGAACAAUGAGACGGAGCUUCACACCGGUGACCGAGCUGUCUUGCGUUGCCGUAUCACCGGCGUCCCAGAACCCCGGUACACCUGGUUUAAGAACGACGUGCCGAUAUCAGAGCGAGGAAAUCGACGAAUCACUAUCAGGUCGUAUGACUGGGGUUCCAAACUUUCGAUCAAAAAUGUGGACACUACCGACACGGGAUACUACUUAUGUGAGGGAGACAACAGAGCAGGCCGGCGAUCAACAACUGGAAUAUUACUGGCAAGAAGAGGAGAUCCACCAAGAACGCUUGGCCCUGGUGUGUCUGUGCCGACGACAGGCUACUGCCAGCCCUACCGUGGCAUGACCUGCUCCAACUUCAUCGGUAACAACAGCAUCUAUGUGACGGACUACCAGGCACAGUGGGAAGUCGAGAAACAACUGACGAGUGCUUUCCUAGUCAUCAUGCACGACCUGAGCGACCAGUGCCAAGAAUUCGCAAUCCCUUCUCUUUGUUAUUUCGCUUUCCCGUUCUGCGACGCGACGGCGUCGGAGCCUCGGGGGCGAGAGCUUUGCCGUGACGAGUGCGAGAUCUUGGAGUUGGACGUGUGCCAACAGGAGUACGCCAUCGCUAAGGAGUAUCCAGGGGUGACAUUGCCGGACUGCCAGAGGCUGCCUCGCAUUGGAACUAAGGAGAGCGAGAAUUGUAUACGCAUCGGGAUACCCAGUGUCAAAGCAGUCUCAGAUGUGAACUGUUACAAUGGAUCAGGAAUCUUCUACAGGGGCAAAGUGAACCACACCAAGUCUGGUUACGAGUGCCAACCAUGGGAAAAACAAGAGCCUCACUCACAUUACCUGCUGCCUGCGGAGUACCCAGAGCUUGCUGGGGGUCACAAUUACUGCCGUAACCCUGACAACGGGCUGGACAAACCCUGGUGUUUCACUAUGAACCCAGACGUCCGAGCUGAGAAGUGUGACAUCCCCAACUGUGAUGAUCCUCUUCAAGAACCUGCCAAUAAGCCGGAGGUCCUUUACAUAGUUGUCCCUGCCAUUGCCGUACUGCUCUUCAUUGCCGUUAUCCUGGGAUGUGUCAUCAUGUGGUUGAGACAGCAGAGAACGCAGCGCUAUGCUAGCCAUAAAGGUCUGAACAAUAGACCAGCUGAGAUGGUUGCAUUGCAGCAAAAACCGCAGGUCCGUGACUUUCCAUUGGCCGCCGUCAAGUUUCAAGAGGUCCUUGGGGAGGGUACAUUUGGCAAAGUUUACAAAGGGGAGCUGAUGGGGUUGGAGCAUCAAUACAGCGUCAACCCGGUCACGAUCAAAACUCUCAAGGAAAACUCAGCCUCUAAGAUGGAGCAAGAUUUCAACCGAGAGGCUGAAGUGAUGGCCUCGUUACGUCAUCCUAACAUCAUCUCAUUGCUCGGUGUGUGCACGACGGAACAGCCCCUUUGCAUGUUGUUUGAGUUUAUGCCUCACGGUGACUUGCAUGAGUUCCUUGUCCGGCACUCACCCAACUCGGACGUUGGGUUCGGCAGUGGGGACGACGAGACUCAAUCCUCGUUGGAUCAGUCGGACUUCUUGUCAAUUGCUAUACAAAUCGCCUCAGGGAUGGAGUAUCUGUCUAGUAGGUUGUUCGUGCACCGCGACCUUGCAGCGCGUAAUUGCAUGGUGGGCGACAACUUGCAGAUCAAGAUCGCGGACUUUGGUUUGUCCCGGGAUAUCUACUCAGCGGAUUACUAUCACAUGCAAGCGCAGGUGCUGCUGCCGAUCCGCUGGAUGGCACCUGAGGCAGUCAUGUUCGGUCGCUUCUCCGUAGAAAGCGACAUCUGGUCAUUUGGCGUGGUCUUAUGGGAGAUUUACUCGUACGGUUUGCAGCCGUUUUACGGUUACAACAACCAAGAGGUGAUUGAUAUGAUCCGCACUAGGCACAUACUGCCUUGCCCAAGCGGCUGCCCCCCGCACAUGUACGUACUCAUGACGGAGAGUUGGAACGAAGCCCCCAAUCUCAGGCCCACCUUUAAGGCCAUCAACGCUCGCCUGCGUUCAUGGGAGGCGUUGCCGGCUGCCAACCACCAAAACGGUAACCUGUAUACUAACCCCACUGUCAAUUUCAAUCCCAUGAUCGGUCCCACUUCCCCGACGCAAACCCACAGCAGUUCGGGAGUCAAAAGCCAGUUGUCUUCGCAUCACAGUCGCUCCACGCACAGCAAGGGUUCCCACGGUGACAGGGUCACAGGGUCGUCGGAGAAGGCGAUGUCGGAGAGCUCGGCCACGACGGCCGGGACGCAUUCAACAAAGGGUAAGAAGGAACGAGUAGAGCAGACAGCUGUUUGAGACGGACAUGUUAUUUAAUGGUAUUUUCUCUGUAAAUCGUAGCCCAGAUUAGCCUACCCAUAGGGUCAUUUAGAAACUUGACCUAGCCUAAGCCAUUUCCAAAUUACUUGCCUAUGGCUGGCAAACACACACACAUCAAUUGGAAGUGGCUUCUGCUGCCUCCAUAGGGGCAUGUGUUAUUGAAAGCCAUAGCCAUGUACUUUGCACACAGCCUUACUUUAGCAAGUCUCUCUUCGCAAAGUGGUAAUACUAUUAUAAAAUUUUGACGGUGGCGAGAUUGACAAAUCUUCAGAAAUGUUGUUAAAUUAUUCAUGUGGAUGGGGUUAUACCUAAAGCAAUUUAGGUCGUCAAUUAACCAAAGGUCUAUUUAAAGUUAUAGCUUUCCCUCUUUGGAUACUGAGGACAUUUUAUUUUUCAAGAAAAAAGGGUUCAGUGAGAAAAAAAAUUUAAGUGAAAAUUUGGACUUCCAUUGUCUUUCCAAUCCCAUAACGACCUCAGAAAAUGACUUCUUCUCUAAGAGGCUUCCCU